ACAGGUAUAGCAAUAGUGAAGAAGAAACUAAAUAUAACACCGUGAACUCCGUAUGAACAAAAAGAAAAAAAUCGUCGGAGAAGAGAAAUUGUUGACAAAAAAAAUAGAAUUUGCUUUUUGUUGAAAAUUUUCUAAUUAAUUCCUAAUUUCCUUAUAAUAUUCGAAUAAUGUUUAUGGUUUGUAAGUGUUUAAAUGUCGCAAUAAACGUGACAAAUAUACCGUCGGAAUAUGCUGGCGACUGGAAAUCCGAAAAUGACCACUCGCAGUUUUUCAAGAAGGCCAUUGGACCAUAUUUGGCUACUGGUGCGAAUUUCCAGCAAUUGGAUUUGAUCCAAAAAAUUCGUACUGCCGAUAAUUGGGUCCUACAUCAUUGCAUAAACUGUGAUACAUCUACGCAUGCCAUUAAUGACAAAAACUUAUACCUCAUAAACCCUUUAUUGUUGACCAACGAAGAAGAUACAAACAUUCUAAAAACGAGCGUCAAAUAUUCAAAUUUAUUUGGUGUGCUUAUCAAUCAGGACAUGUCUUCAACCAAAUUAGAUGAAGCCAACAAAGAUAAUGACUCCAUGCGAAUAAAAAAUUUGACGCAACAUUUCCGAGAUGCCAUUCAACAAGAGAUUAAUGAGACUAACGAUAGGAUCACCAAAUUUAACCGGGAACAAUUUCAUUUGUUGAAUCUUUUUCGCGAAAAGGCAGAACAAGAAUAUAAUGCUCUCGUUAGAAUUAUAAAAACAGUACCUGAACAAUCCACAAACUCCAAUGUUGCUGAGCAAUUGGCUGGAUCCAAAUUGACUAGUUUUGACACCCCACCACCGACACCAGAUUCGACUCCGAUGAGCAUUGGUAACAGUCCAAAUUUUAAGCAUCAACCGCGACUCGUAAUCGAUAAACAGCAGACGUUUUCUUCGGCUACGAAAAAUGGAUCAGCAAGAACUGCUUCCGCACAGCCGACGUCAAAGGCUACGGACGAUUCAAUUUUCUUCUUUGAAAUGGAUGGAAUACCAACUACACGAUCCAAUCAGUACACCAAUGUUAUGUCGGACGUAGAAGAAUCAGAUACGGAUGAUUCCGAUGUCGACACCAGUCACCAAAGAUACGCUGGCCGGCCGAAAAGCCUAAAUAUUGCACAGAGUCUUCCCGUAUCAAUGCCAGUAAUUGCUACCAAUAGGGAUGUUGUUCAAGCAGAUUAUGAUGAGUACUCCGACGAAAAUGUUGACAUUGCAGCUAGUAUUAAAGCAAUCGCUAAAAGCGUUCAUGGCGAGGGUGUGUUCGGUGAUCUACCUCGGCCACGCUUCAGUACACAGAUUUGAAAUAACAACAACAACAACAACCAACAAACAAUAUUUUGACGACAUGAACCUCAGUUUUUGUAUAACAAAUUUUUAUUAAUUUUUCUAAUUAUAUUUUCCAGUUUAAUCGUAAUUUUAAUUACUUCGUUUCAAGCUAAAUUGAAAACAAAAGCUCGAUAAUUUUCACAUUAUUUUCAAAUUCGGGAUGAAUUCCUAGAUGCCUAAAUGUGUUUUCUAUCAUUUUUCUUUUUUUUUAUUGUAAUCAUUGGUAACGUUUAAAGUCAAAUCUAGCUAUUCGUUGGAGCAAAGAUAGGAGAAAAAUUAUGACAAAUAAUCAACUGAAGUAUAACAUUAUAUAACAACAUACACCAUUGAGUUCAAGUUUAACGUAAAUUUUAUUUCCUAUUUUUGAACGUUCGUUUUUUAUUCAUUUUUUUUGGUUUUAUUUUUUGAAGAAGAAAAAUUCCAAUUAUUUUAUACGAAGAGAAAAAAAAGUAAUUUUUUUGCUUUGAAGUGGCAGAAUGUAUCCCAACGGAAUGUAUCCGUUUUCAAUAAAUUGUUGAUCAAUGACUUGACUUGAAAAAAAUCCAUUUUUGUUAUUUCUAGAUUUUAAACAUUCUGAAUAAAAUGUUUCUUUUCCGUUCUUUACAUUUUGAAAAUGUUUUGAUAUGAUCUUUGAAUUUAAUUUUUAAAAACUUUUUGAAGAAAACUUUUUUAAAAAUAAAUAACUUUUUAAAUUGAAAAUUUAAAUUAACCGUUACAAUAACUCUGAACAUAAAAACAACAAACAAAAAUAUUGGCUAUGUAAGUUGAAUAUUUAAGACGUUAAAAAGAAUCAAUUUAACAAACUGUAUACAUAAAAUAAUGGAGAAAUAAAA